AUGGAGGCUGUGAGAAGGCUUGUCUUCUUGGCCCUUUUAAUUGUGCCAUGUUUGGCAGAGUUGAAUUGGACCAAGUCUGAAGGCAAAUCAAGCUGCCAGGCCAGCUUGGGAGGCUCCAGCCAAUCAGAUACCCACAGGGCCCUAAACCUGCAACUCAAUCCCAGUGAGGACUGUACCUGGACACUAGAAAGACCAGAAAACAAAAACAUCAGAAUCAUCUUUUCCCAUUUCCAGCUUGAUCCUGAUGGAAGGUGUGAAAGUGAAUACAUUAAAGUUUUUGAUGGAAACUCUACCAAGGGGUCUCUGCUAGGGCAAGUCUGCAGUAAACAUGACUACAUUCCUGUUUUUGAAUCAUCCAAUUCAUUAACAGUUCAAAUCAUCACCGACUCUGUAGGAGUUCAGAGAACUGUGUUCAUCUUCUACUACCUCUUCCCUUCUGGCACCUCUAUUCCAAACUGUGGUGAUUACUUGGACUCCUUAGAAGGAUCUUUUACCAGCCCCAAUUACCCAAACCCACAUCCUGAGCUGGCUUAUUGCAUAUGGCACAUACAAGUGGAGAAAGGUUACAAGAUAAAAUUAAACUUCAGAGACAUUUUCUUAGAAGUGGACGAACACUGCAGAUUUGAUUUCAUUGCCGUCUAUGAUGGUCCCUCCACCACCACUGGCCUGAUUGGACAAGUGUGUGGCCAUGUGAGGCCCACCUUCGAAUCCUCGUCAGACUCAUUAACCGUGGUGCUAUCGACAGAUUACGCCAACUCCUACCGGGGCUUUUCUGCUUCCUACACUUCAAUUUAUGCAGAAAAUAUCAACACUACAUCUUUAACCUGCUCCUCUGACAAGAUGAGAGCCAUCAUAAGUAAAUCCUACCUGGAAUCAUUUACAUACAAUGUGAAUAACAUACAACUGAAUAACCCAACUUGCAGACCAAAAAUAUCAAACGUGGUGGAAUUUUCUAUCCCUCUUGAUGGAUGUGGGACAAUCAAAAAGGUAGAAGAUCAUUCAGUUACUUACACCAAUAUAAUCACUCUUACUCCAUCCCCCACGUCUCAAGUGAUCACCCGUCAGAAACAUCUGCAGAUUAUUCUGAAGUGUGAAAUGGAAUCUGAUUCUACCGUGGAGAUGAUGUACAUGACAGAAGAUGACAUAAUACAAAAUCAAAGCGCACUGGGCAAAUAUAACACAAGCAUGGCUCUUUUUGAAUCCAGUUCAUUUGAACAGCCUUUCCUGGAGUCACCAUAUUAUGUGGAUUUGAACCAAACACUUUUUGUGCAAGUCAGUCUGCACACCUCAGAUCCAGAUUUGGUGGUGUUUCUGGAUACCUGCAGCGCCUCUCCCACGCCUGCCUUUACAUCUCCAACCUAUGAGCUAAUCAAGAGUGGAUGUAAUCAAGAUGAGACUUGUAAGAUGUAUCCCUUAUCUGGACACUAUGGAAGAUUCCAAUUUAAUGCCUUUAAAUUCUUGAGAAGUCUGGGCUCCGUAUAUCUGCAGUGUAAGAUUUUGAUAUGUGAUCAUAGUGACCCUCAGUCUCGCUGCAACCAGGGUUGUGUCUCUCGAAGGAAACGAGACAUUUCUUCAUACAAAUGGAAGACUGAUUCUGUCAUAGGACCUAUUCGUCUGAAAAGGGAUCGAAGUGCAAGUGGAAAUCCAGGAUUUCAGGAUCAAAUACACAGAGAAGAAACUCAGAAUCAACCUUUCGACAGUCUGCAUCUGUUUUCAUUCAUGGUCCUUGCUCUGAAUGUUGUGAUUCUGGUGGUGAUCAUAGCGAGGCAUUUUGUGAAUCAGGGAACAGACUACAGAUACCAGAAGCUUCAGAAUAUUAACUAACCGGUUCAGCCUUCAGUGAGACACAUUUCUCCCGAAUGCCAAAGGAAAUGCUGCCUCAUGGCUACACAUUAUGAAUAAAUUAGGGAAAACCCCAUAAAAAUGACACACAGGUCCUGCUGUCACCGUGUUCAGAGUGUGCUGUCUUGCAGGGGUGAUUGAAAUGAACAAACAUUAUGUCCAUGCUAAAGAACUGAAGCCACCAACAUAUUAAAUGAAUUAGAAGUGUCCUUUGUCACAAGCGUGAAACAUUCUCAGU